UCACGAGGAAAUUGGAAUAAGCCACCCUUUCGGUUUGACGCUCGUUGGAUCGGUAAGGAUGAAUGUGACGCCAUUGUUCUUGCAGCUUGGGCUGUGGAGGGAAACAUAGAACAAAGACAGAAGAGAUGUGUUGGUGAGCUCAAAGACUAGGCAAGAAGGAUGAUUCAGGAUCAACAAAAACGUGAAACAGAAAUCAAAGACAGAUUGGAGGCCCUAGAGAAUCUGAUUCGAACUGAAGAUACAGAAGAAGAGGAGAGGAUCUUAUUGGAGGAAUUGGACUCUCUUUGGAGGGAUGAAGAGAAAAUGUGGAGGCAGAGGUCCAGGAUUCAGUGGCUUGCAGAAGGGGAUCGGAACACUAAAUUCUUUCACUCUACCACUGUUUUGCGUCAACAUUUUAACCGGAUUGUGGGAUUGAAGAAUGAAAGGGGUACAUGGAUCAAGCGACCACUUGACCUUGCUAACCACAUUAAGGGUUUCUAUCAAAAUCUUUUCUCUGGCAGAAGCAUGGAUUUUGAUGGACACCUCCUGCAAGGCUUCCCACAACUUGUUUCUCAGGAAAUGAAUGAUAUCUUGUGCAGACCGGUUACAAAUGGGGAGAUUAAACAAGCUGUGUUCUCCCUUGGACCUCACAAAUCACCAGGUCCAGACGGCUUUUCAGGACAAUUCUACAGGAACUAUUGGGGAUCAAUUGAGGACAAUUUUUGUGAAGAGGUCGAAUCUUUCUUCAUGGAGUCCUCUCUCCCAUCGGGUUGGAAUGAUACUCAUAUCGCUCUUAUUCCAAAAAUAUCAUCUCCAGAGAUGAUUAGCCAAUUUCGGCCGAUAAGUUGCUGCAAUUUCAAGUAUAAGGUGAUUUCUAAGAUCAUGGCAAGCAGACUGAAACCAAUAAUACCGGAGCUUGUUUCAGACAUGCAGGCUGCAUUUACUGGAGGUCGAGUGAUUCAGGAUAACAUCAUCAUUGUUCAUGAGGUCUUGCACCAUCUCAAAAAUCGCCGCCAGGGUAAAAAGUACGACAUGAUGCUGAAAAUGGACAUGCGGAAGGCUUAUGACUUGGUGGAUUGGGAGUGCCUCACUUCCCUCCUUCAAGCGUAUGGCUUUAAUCAAACAUGGUGUGAUUGGAUUAUGGAAUGUGUUAGAACUGUGAGGUUUUCCAUCCUCAUAAAUGGAGGUCCAAAGGAGUUCUUCACACCCUCGAGGGGUAUCCGCCAAGGUGAUCCUAUCUCCCCCUUUCUCUUCAUCCUUAUGGCUAAUGCUCUGUCUUUUUUGUUGGAUAAAGAAACUUCGCAGGGAGCGAUUCAUGGCCUGAAACUGAAGCCGAGCUGCCCAAGGUUGUCCCAUUGCUUAUUUGCCGACGAUACAGUCAACUUUGGGGAGGCUUCACUGGAGGAGGCAACUAAGAUUAUGAGCAUAAUCAAUGGAUACAGUUAUAUUACCGGGCAAGAGGUGAACUUGGAGAAGUCCUCGAUCUUUUUCAGCAAGAACACUCCGGAUUCUUUGAGAACCCAGAUCGCUGCCCAUAUUGGAUUUCCGCCGACUAUUACUCAUGACUAGGGCUGUUAAUGAGCCGAGUCGAGCCGAGCUUUGCCAUAGUUCGGGCUCGGCUCGUUAAUAUAUUUCCAGGCUCGAGCUCGGCUCGUGUUCGUCACGAGCUUUAAUAUGCAAGCUCGAGCUCGGCUUGUUUAUGAAAAUGAAAGCUCGAGCUCGACUCGAGCUCGGCUCGUCAAAUAAGCUUAACGAGCCCAAAUUCGUGUUCAGCUCAUAAAAUGUUCAUGAUAGC